AUGUUCUCCUUCUUGGGAGUUAUUUCUUCACAAGAAAACCAACAGUUAUGGGUUCGAACCAUAUACAGUUUGAGCCAGAUCUCUGAACAUGUGCAAAUGAAAAUUCGCAAGUAUGCGAACGGCUCGGAUGAAAUCAUUUUAGAAUCACUCAAUCUCUCUAGAACCACGUUAUUGAGAUGUCAGUUUGGCAAGUCUUUUUUCUCCAAGUUCAGCAUCAAUGGUGAGCUCCCAAUAUCAAAGAACGCUAAGCAGAAGUUUAGCGAGGUUGCAAUACUGUUAAAUAGCCGAAGUUUCAGCUUGCUUUUCAAAAGUUUCAGAGUUGAUGAUGUUGAUCUAUUAAAGUUCUCGCUAGCAGAGGUAGAAGAUACGGAACAAAGGUUGAGGACCGUGAAUAAUAAGCUGUUUGUUGAAGUUGUUCAGAAAACCCAGACCAAAAAGCUCUAUGCCUUGAACUAUGUCGGUAAUGAAAAAAUCCAGGAAACCAAUAUAAUUCAGGCUUAUAAGGAGCAGUUGAAACGACAAGAAAGCAGGGGCCGAAAACGAGCUGAAGAUGUUGUUCAGACGGAUGAUAGUAUUUGUCACAUAAACAUGGAUGUUUCCAUACUUAAGGAAUUUUUCGAUAUGUUGCCGAACAACGUUGUGGAUUUCAAGAUAGAUAUUUAUCCCGACCUUAGGAAAUGCUCAUUUCAAGGGUUUGACAAACAGCAGUUACUGAGUAAUAAAGUUAACAGUCUACUCAAACAGCCUAUCUCACUGAGUGUUGCCUUCUUCUUGAACGAGUUUAAUGAGGAUAACAUUGAUCAACAACUGGAGAAUAAAUUGUCAAUAAUUUUUCCUCUGAAAGAGUUCAGAGCGUUUGUUUCCCUGUUGAAUGAAUUCAAUGAUAGAAAUAAGUUUUUCAAAACCACCAGCUCGGAAAAUGGUACCACACAGGGAGUGAAUGUAAACAACGACGUUGAUCUUUUGUUCAGAGAUCAAGGCUGGCCCAUUUUAUUUGAGAAAGAUUGGAAGAACGUUUGCCGGCUGGUUUUGGUUCAAUUAACAGAAUCGGAUGAGAUUGUGAACUUGACGAAUAAAGAAAUUGAAACUAAAGAGUUGAACGUUGCGGAUUUCAAGGGAAGAAGACUGCUAAGCAUGGAAAGGGAACAGGAGAGAAACACACCCAUGCCCGAAACCAACACAGCUUCGAAGGAGAACGCACCACCGCCACAGCCGCAAGAGAAUGGAGGUGAAUACGCUGAGCCUUUGUUUGUUCCCCAAGACGAAGAAUAUACUGAAAAUGAUACUUUUAGCUACGGAGAAGUCACUGAAGUGAGAUGGAACCGUUUGAAGGAAAUAAGUAUCAAUUCAGACGACAUUCAAGUUCAAGAAAGUAUGAACUGUGGUGAUGAUAACACGGGACGUAAACGUCCAAGACUAUACAGAAACACAGAUGAAUCAGACGAAGAGAUGGAGUUAGGUCCCACUCAGAUCGAUAGAGUGCAAGGUCUUUUUGAUUAG